CUGUCAGGUUACCAUAUCCCGGGUGUAGCAGACAAAAUCCUCAUUACUCUCUUCGCCGACGAUGCAACAAUAUACCUCCCGACUACGGACCGCCUCGAAGAUCUUCAGGACAUCCUCACAAUCUGGUGCAAGGCGUCAGGGGCAAAAUUCAACACUGAGAAAACAGAAAUCCUACCAAUUGGCAAUGAAGAACACCGCACGAAUGUCAUUGUCUCCAGGAAACUACACCAGGAUGAUGCACCACUGCCUGAGAGCAUUCACGUUGUCAAGGACGGCGAGACUAUACGCUCCCUAGGUGCCUGGAUAGGUAAUAAGGCGAACCCUGUCGUGCCCUGGGAACGCACACUUGACAAAGUUAACAGAGCCUUCAAGCGCCUACAGAAGGGUCACCCUACACUGAAUAGCAAAAGGCACAUGGUGCAACACAUGGCGGGAGGCAUGACCCAGUACCUCACCAAAGUACAAGGCAUGCCAGAUCCAAUCAUCGAUAGCCUGGUCAAACUGAUCCGCAACUUCAUCUGGGAAGACGCACCUCAACCACCGCUUGCACUUGAACGUCUGUACCUAAGAAUGGAGGAAGGAGGCAUAAAC